AUGAUUGCUGUUGACAUGGAACCUUUGCGAAAAGGAGAACAUGAAGGAUUUCGGGAUUUUGUAAAUGCUCUCGAUAGUAGAUAUGAAAUUCCUGAUACAACAAUAUUGAAAAAGAAAUUACUGCCGGAAUAUUAUGAAAACGUGAAACAGAAGCUCGUCAUAGCAUUAUCGAAAGCAGAACAUGUUAGUGUGACUACUGACUUAUGGACAUCAAUUGCAAAUGAAGGCAUCCUUUCAGUUACUUGUCAUUUCUUUCACAACGAAAAAUUAAUUGCACCAUUAUUGGAAGUUGUGAAGAUGGAAGGAAGUCAUAACGCAGAAAAUAUAACCAGUAUGUUGGAUGCUACUCUCUCAAAAUGGGAUAUCAGGUCAAAAUGUGAAGCAAUAACGACUGAUAACGCUCAAACAAUGAUUAACGCCGCAGCCAAACUGCAUAUACGACAUAUACCCUGCUUUGCGCACACACUAAACCUGACGGUAAGUGAUUCGUUUGCUGUGACCUGCUUAGACCAGAUUCUGAAAAAAUGUAAAUCGAUUGUGACUUUUUUCAAGAUGAGUACUCUAGCUAGCGAUAAAUUACGGGCUAUUCAACGUGAAUUAAAUAAACCAGAACUGAAAGUGAUCCAGGAAGUACCCACCCGCUGGAACAGUGCAUACCACAUGCUGCAAAGAAUUGUUACAAUGAAGACAGAAUUAACUCUCGCACUUAAUGAAUGUAAUCGGGCUCCACCAGGAGUCAAUGCUGACGAAUACCUAAUUAUUCAAGAAACAAUUCAAAUUCUGGAACCUUUCGAUCUAGCUACAACAAAAAUUUCCGGAGAAAGCUAUAUAACAUUGUCACUGAUAAUACCAUUGAUUCGUGGAAUAAAAACGAAAUUAGUAGAAGUUGAAUCUCAAAUUGUUACUGAAAGCGGAAACAAAAUAUUACUCUGCAUGAAGGGAUCAGUUGACAAAAGACUAAGUCCCUAUGAAAGCAGGACACCUGUUGUACUUGCUACAAUAUUGGACCCCAGAUUUAAGAAGAAGGGGUUCAAAACAAGUGACGACGAGAAGCGAGCUGGUCAGUGGCUGGAAAAGGCCUAUGCUAGCCAUUUAACUAAAGAACGCUUGGCUGUAGAAGAAACGCAACCAACACCAUCCACGUCUUCAGGAACAUCUAAUGACCUGUUGGGAUUUCUAGACGUUCCGGACGUAUCGACCCCGUUGAGUAACUCAUUGGUAGAUGUCAGGCAAUAUCUCGAGAAGCCAGUAAUUGACAGAAAAGAGUGUCCUAUAACAUACUGGAAAUACACCAACAAUAAAUUGAAGGAAUUAGCGAUGCUCUAUCUCUGUAUUCCAGCAUCUUCUGUGCCUUCAGAACGAAUAUUUUCGAAGGCCGGACAAAUUUUAACCGAACGCAGAAAUAGGUUAAAAGAAAAAAGAUUAAAUGAAUUGUUGUUUAUAAAACAAAAUAGCUAUACCUACUAUCUACUUAACUUUCUGUGGGAUGGUUUUUCAAUGAUGGACGUGUUAGUUACAUGGAAAGAUGGCACUCAAAAUGUUGUACACACACGGGAAUUAUUUCCAAUCAGAAAAGGUCAGAAGAUAACACUUGGUACAAAGGUGAAAAUGUUGUAUGAACGAAAAUGGUGGUAUGGUACAGUAACUGUUGUCGAAGCAAAAGAAUACUCUUCGUCUGAAGACGAACCACUUUCAACUUAUGUUCCUGCAAACCGUGUGCAAAAUUGCUGCGAGUACAUUAACUGUCAUAAUCCUAUUUUGACUACUUGUACGGAAUGUGCUUGUUUCUUGUGCGCUGAACAUUACCAAGAAGACGCUUCCUGCUCUAAUCAUAUUUUAGUUAGCAAUAACAUAUCCACAUCAAAAAAUCAGGAUACAUGCUAUGAAUUAUCAUUAACCAAUUCAGAAAAAAAAAUUUAUGAUACAGUAUGCACUGAUGAAAAUUAUAUAGAUAUACAGAAUGAAUACCAAAAAUGCUGUCAGUUUUCGAUUUGUACUGAUGAGGUAUUUAGUGCAUGCCAUCGUUGUUCAUGUCUCCUUUGUUAUGAACAUUUUGUCAACAAUUGCUCUACCUGCGAAAAUCAUCUAAACUUUGAAGCUGACUUGACGUUAACAGAAACUUUAAAAUUUGAUUUUGGGCAAACUGAUAUGCAGCAGACUUGUGAAUAUGCCAACUGCACUAACCCUGUACUAACGACAUGCUUUGCUUGUUCUUGUUUACUGUGUGAUAUUCAUUUUGCGUCUGUGCUUUAUAUGCAAUCAUGUUCUGAUCAUAAAAAAAAUCCAGCCUCGCUUGCUGAUUUCGAUAUUACCGAAAUUGAGAAUGUUUCAAAUGAUUCUGAUGCAACUAUGGUCUUAUCUGACACUCGCGACUCACCCAGUAUUUUAAUGCAGAAUACAGUUUUGGAACCACAACAAGACAGUUAUUUGGCCCCAGAAGACUUUAUAGUAGAUGGCGUUUCCCGAGAGGAAGAAAGAUCGAAACCUGUUAGAAAAAAUAAAUACAAAGAAGCCAAGGUUUUGCGACACGCAGGACAAGAAUAUAUUUCGCCAUAUACAAAAAAAGUAGUUCCUGGAAGGAAGGUUGGUUCAUUAUGCAAUAAUUUAGAAAAUUGCACAAAGCAAGGCCUGUACUGUUAUCGUUUUAAUGAACAAAUACGCGAAAAUAUAUUUAUGGAUUUCUAUUCAUUAGCAGAUCUAACUUUGCAAAGAGAAUAUAUAGUGAGAUUUGUUGAAAAAAAGCCCGUAGGACGCAAAACUACUGCCACAGAAUCUCGUCGGAAGUUUACCAACUGCUUUUACUUACCAUUAAAUGAUGAGAAGCAGAAGGUAUGCAAGAAAAUGUUCCUCAAUACUUUGGGAAUUUCAGAAAAGACGUUUCGCACAGCUUUGCAAAAAUUAAAGAACACCGGUGUAGUAGAAAAAGACAGAAGAGGAGGAAGGCAAGAGGUCUAUCAUGAAAAGGAUACUCAGCUGCGAUCACUCAUUACUGAACAUAUUAACAGAUUUCCGGGAGAGACCCCUUUGAUAAGAUGCCGGGAAUAUCAAACUUAUUAUGAAAUCCUACCACAUCAAUAA